AUGAAGUUGUUUGGCUCCCUCCUUGUUGCGUCCGCUGCUGCCAGCAAGCAAUCCGUGAGCACGCUUUCGGCAGAUGAGCGCUCCGUGCUCCGCGCCGAGUUGGCCAAGUGGCGUGAAGAGUUUGGCGCUGCCGCCGAGGCGCAGGGUGUGAUGCCCCGCGCCGUCGAAGGCUCGAGCCCGUUGGAGGCGGAAAUCGACGCGCUCCAGCGCUUCUACGACAACAAGCUCGCGAUCGAAGAGGCCAGCCGCAACAACCCUGAAGCCACGUUCGAUUACAAUCACCCGUUCGCUCUCAUGACGCAAGCUGAGUUCAAGAAGUUUGUGGAGGGUGUGUCUCUCGAGGAAAGCCGCAGUGCAUUCCGCUCGGUCCCCGAGGCUGACCUCAACACGACCAGCAUCAAGGCGGCGUCGGUGGACUGGACCACUGGCAAGUGCGUCAACCCGGUGCGCAACCAAGGCCAGUGCGGGUCGUGCUGGGCCUUCUCGGCCGUGGGUGCCGCGGAACCGGCGCACUGCAUCGUGACGGGAGAGCUCCUCGACCUGUCCGAGCAGCAAGUGACGAGCUGCUCCACUGCGAGUGGUAGCGCGGGAUGCAACGGCGGCUGGCCGUUCGCCGCCAUGACGUACGUGUCGACGACCGGGCUCUGCUUGGAGCGCGACUACCCGUACACGUCUGGAAGCACGAGUCAAACCGGCUCGUGCAACAGCAACUCGUGCAACAAGAAGAAGCUCAGCAUCGCCCCGUCGGUGCUGGUCGAAGCGGGCAACUCCGUGUGGAUGAACUACCGCUCGGGUGUGGUCACGCAAUGCCCCGGUUCGUACUCGGACCACGCCGUCGUCGCCGUGGGGUACGACAGCACGUCGUACAAGCUCCGCAACUCGUGGGGCGCCAACUGGGGUGAAGCCGGUCACAUCCGCGUCAAGCGCGGUGUGAGCGGCAAAGGUAUGUGCAACAUUGCCGAGGACGUAGUGUUCCCCAAGAUCGAAGGCAACACGCCCACUAACUCGCCGUCCCCGACGACAAAGCCCACCCCGACGACAAAGCCCACCCCGACAAGUCCUCAACCUGACGUGUGCGCCGAUUGCACCGGGUGCUUCUACCCUGCUGGGAACCAGUGUUUGCCCGCCGAGUACACCAAGGACGACUGCGACUAUUACCGUGAUGAGUAUGGCACGGUUUGGUGUGGUGACAAGCCUACUCCUACCACUACCAAGCCUACCGCCAAACCUACCACUACCAAGCCUACCACCACCAAGCCUACCACCAAGCCAACCACCACCAAGCCCACUCCCAAGCCAACCACCACCAAGUCCACUCCCAAGCCCACCUCCAGUAUUGACUGUGGCACGUGCAAUGUAUGUUACGAUCCGGCCUCUGACCGAUGCUUGGACAACAUCAGCAAGUACGAUUGCCGAGCCUUGACCUCAACCAAGGGCUAUGUGUGGUGCGGCCACUGGUAA